ACUCCUCUCUCUCAUAGGCACAAGUCGCAGGUGAGCUCCGCCGCAGCAGCAGAAAGAAGAAGAAGCAGAAGCGAAAAAUGGCGACGGCUAACAAAGUCAAAGACGUGUCCCCUCAUGAGUUCGUCAAGGCCUACGCCGCUCAUCUUAAGCGAUCCGGCAAGAUUGAGCUCCCUGAGUGGACUGACAUCGUGAAGACUGCUACAUUUAAGGAGCUGGCUCCUUAUGACCCUGAUUGGUACUUCAUCAGAGCUGCAUCUAUGGCAAGGAAAAUCUACUUGAGGGGUGGUCUUGGUGUUGGUGCCUUCCGUAGGAUCUAUGGAGGAAGCAAGAGGAAUGGUAGUCGUCCACCGCAUUUCUGUAAGAGCAGUGGUGGUAUUGCUCGUCACAUUCUUCAGCAAUUAGAGCAGUUGAAGAUUGUUGAGAUUGACCCCAAGGGUGGAAGGAAAAUCACACCCAGCGGUCAGCGGGAUUUGGACCAAGUUGCUGGACGGAUCGUUGUUGCCAUCUGAGACAUCAACUUAUAUGGCUUGGUUAUGCAAAAUGAUCUAGGAACUAUUUGCGUUUAAGAUUGAGAGACAGAUAUGGGAUGGUUUUUGAUUGUUUUAUGUUAGACUGUCACUUUUACAAAUGAGUAUGGUUGGUUAUUAUUUUUCAUUUCAAUGUAGUAGAGUACUAUGUCCUUCCUAGCUGAAGUUUUGUUUAUGAAAACCUAUUCCUAUUAUCUACAGCUUGAUCUAUCUACAUGGUUUCAUAUGGAAUGUGAGCUCACACCUUACAUUUAAUCCGCAGUGGUCAACAAAUGUUUAUCUUUCAUACCGAGAAAUUUGCAACUUUCUGCUUAUACAUUCUUCAUGAUUUGCAACUUUCUCCUUUUAUGCUGUUUCUUUUAGAAAUCGCACUGGCCUGCUC